AUGAUGUUGGGCAAGAGGCUGUUUGCUUUAGGUGUAGGAUUACAUAGACAGGGGGUGUGUUUGCACAGAAAAAUUUUUACUGCGACGAGAGAACACCUACACCCACAAAGAACACCCUUGGAAGAAGCUAUAAGAGUCCUGGAGGUGAUAGUGAGAGAAAAUCCAGCCUUCGGUUUAGGGGCAAUCUCGGGCCAUUUUGCGAUUUGGGGGAGAUCCUUGCUGUUGAACCAGCUCACAAAGGUCUGAUCAAAAGACAAAGAUGUAGAUGGGCAGCGGAGGAAGGGUAUUUCUUCUUGAUCCUUGUUUUCUGUAAGCCACCAUUGGCAAGACUGUCUACUACGUGUAGGCAUGGGAACCGGUUAAAGAAAGUGUCGAUUCACUAGAGUGAGCUGAGAACUCGCUGGCCUUUGUGUGUGGUGAAUGUGUCCGGAAAGGCAAAAAAGAGCGAGAUUCUCCUGUGGGGUUUCUCAUCUCCAUGGCGGUAGGUGCUGACGGCUCCAGAGAGAGCAGGAAGGAGCAAAGAGAAGCGAGCCUGAGAUGGGUAGCUGCACUGCUCUCAGGAGAUGAAAAGGACACCGGGUUUGGGUCUGACCUUCAUUAUCUGUAACUGAGGGGCUAGGGGAAAGGACUUGAAUCUGAAAUAGCAUCCCUGUCAGUUCUGUUCUGUCCUGGGAAGUAUACAAGGAAGCAAAACCUCCGUGGAAGAGAAGGGAGGCAUCAGGCGCUGGAGGUGAAAGUCUGCGGCAACGAGUAUAUCUUAACUGAAAACUUAAAUCAACAGAUAGGAAUAGAACUAUUACUGUUACGAAAUCCACCUGGAUGCUUGAAGGACAUAGGAAAGGAUGAGCUAUUACGGCAGCAGCUAUCCGAUUGUAAACGUGGACCCCAAAUACCCAGGCUACCCCCCAGAGCACAUCAUAGCUGAGAAGACAAGAGCCAGAAGACGUCUGCUCCACAAAGAUGGCAGCUGUAAUGUGUACUUCAAGCACAUUUUUGGAGAAUGGGGGAGCUACGUGGUUGACAUUUUCACCACCCUCGUAGAUACCAAGUGGCGGCACAUGUUUGUGAUAUUUUCUUUAUCCUAUAUUCUCUCCUGGUUGAUAUUUGGCUCUGUCUUCUGGCUCAUUGCCUUUCAUCACGGUGAUCUGUUAAAUGAUCCACACAUCACACCUUGUGUUGACAACGUCCAUUCCUUCACAGGGGCGUUUUUAUUCUCCCUGGAAACCCAGACCACCAUAGGUUACGGUUACCGCUGUGUCACUGAAGAAUGCUCUGUGGCCGUGCUCACGGUGAUCCUUCAGUCCAUCUUGAGCUGCAUCAUAAAUACCUUCAUCAUUGGAGCCGCCUUAGCCAAAAUGGCAACCGCUCGAAAGAGAGCCCAAACCAUUCGGUUUAGCUAUUUUGCACUCAUAGGGAUGAGGGAUGGGAAACUCUGCCUCAUGUGGCGCAUUGGUGACUUCCGACCAAACCACGUGGUAGAAGGCACAGUGAGAGCCCAACUUCUCCGCUACACAGAAGACAGCGAAGGGCGGAUGACGAUGGCCUUUAAAGACCUAAAGUUGGUGAAUGAUCAGAUCAUUCUUGUCACACCAGUAACUAUUGUUCAUGAAAUUGACCAUGAGAGCCCUCUGUAUGCCCUUGACCGAAAAGCAGUGGCCAAAGAUAACUUUGAGAUUUUGGUGACAUUUAUCUAUACUGGUGAUUCCACGGGGACUUCCCACCAAUCCAGAAGUUCCUACGUUCCCCGAGAAAUUCUCUGGGGCCACAGGUUCAAUGACGUCCUGGAAGUUAAGAGAAAGUAUUACAAGGUGAACUGCUUACAGUUUGAGGGGAGCGUGGAAGUCUAUGCCCCCUUCUGCAGUGCCAAACAACUGGACUGGAAAGACCAGCAGCUCCACAACAUGGAAAAAACCCCUCCGGUCCGAGGACCCGGCCCGUCAGACACCAAGGUCAGAAGAAGGUCAUUUAGCGCGGUUGCCAUUGUCAGCAGUUGUGAAAACCCGGAGGAGACCACCACCUCGGCCACGGAUGAGUGUAAGGAAGCACCUUAUCAGAAAGCUGUCUUGACUUUAAAUAGAAUCUCUGUAGAAUCCCAAAUGUAGUUCAAAUUGUGAUCACGAGGGCUCCCACCCAAUCAUUUUACUCUGUAGCCAGUCACCUUGAGGCGAGUAGUUAUACAGGGGCUUUUAAGGGAUAUUAUAGCUAUGUGCCAUGGUGAUGGGGAUAAGAAGAACAUGUUAAAUCUGGUGAAAGAUCAUCUAAACAUGACAUAGUACCCAA